CUGUCAAGUAUAGUGAUAGUGUCAUAUUCAUACAUCUGAUUUGUGCGUUGUUUUUCUGUUUAUCACAAUUAUUAUAUUAUUAAUUAAGAUUUGCUUUAAACUUCCAUUAUUUUUAUGCUUAAACGGAAAACAUGGCGUCUAUUCAGGACGUUUUAAGUAGCGUAAUAGAUAGGAAAGAUGAUAUCUGUUGCUUAUGCCUAAAUCAAUUGUAUGUCGACCCGAUACGAUUGAACUACGAAGUUGUUAUGAAUGUUAAUAACUAUGAGUACGAGACGGUAAUGGAAGAAGUUAUAACAUUCGUCUUUAAUGAACAGAUGUGCAGUUACAUAAAGGCAAUUGACACACUAUGCCAGGACUGCACAAAUACAGCAAUAAGUUGCUACAAAUUCAUGCAAACAUGUCAGAAGAAUUCUGAAUAUCUUACAAAUGUUUUUGAGGGUAUUGCAAACAGUUUUGAAUACACCACCGAUGAACAAGACAGCAAAUCACUGUAUGUUUCUCUAAAUCUUGAAGAUUUCACCAGUAAACAGUUUUAUGACACAAAACGCGGCGCUACCGACAGAAAAGCUGCGCUACGUCAUUUCCGCGCAUUAGAUCGUAAAAGCAAAAUAAACGAAGACAUUUAUCUCGAAAAAUUAAAACAAGAAAAAGCAGCAAAGACUUCAGAUAAGAAAAAAUCGAAGAAUACUAGAAGCAGUAUUUCAACCAGCAGAAGGAGUGCUGAUGGGGUCAAAGUAAAAUGUAAAGAGUGUAAUAAGACUUAUCCAUCAUCUUGGAACUUGAGAAACCAUUACAUAAGGGUACAUGCCCCUAAAACCUUCAAAUGUCCAGAAUGCCCUCGCAGUUAUGGCUCGGCAGCUUAUUUAGAAGCUCACAAAACUGAGAGUCAUUGCACAGUAGUCUGCAGUGAAUGUGGCAAAACAUUUUAUAAUCGACAUACUUUGAAAAUGCAUGAGCUGGGCCAUCAUCUUAGCUUGGUUUGCCAAGACUGUGGAAGAGUUUACAAGAAUAAAUCCACCUUCAAAAAACAUGUUGAUCUAAACAUUUGUGGUCAAAAAACUAGAGCAAGUCCAUCAGAGGGCAAGUACACCUGUGAUUAUUGCAAUAAGAAAUAUACCCAGAAGGUUUCUUUACGAGUGCAUAUCCAGUAUGAACAUGGUAAUUAUCAGGCUCAUGUAUGUUCAUUUUGCAAUAAGAAAUUUUGGGCGCAGAGUCGUUUGAAAGCUCACAUGGUGAAACACACUCGUGAGAAGAAUUUUAACUGUUCUAUAUGUGGAGGAAAGUUCGUAUCCAAGGAGUCUCUUCUGUAUCAUACAAGGACUCACACUGGUGAGAAGCCAUACAAAUGCCCUCACUGUGACGCAAGGUUUCUAUCAGCAUCCCGUAGAUCUGACCAUGUCAAACGGCACCAUUUGGGUGCUACACUUGAAUGCGAAACUUGUCACAGCAAAUUCUCUUCUAGAACAUUCCUUUUAAAGCAUAAAAAGACACAUUCAAAAUGCGAAGUUAAAAUGAAUUUCAAUACUGAAGUUACAUCAACAGAAACUAACUUUGAAAGUCAACAAAACACUGCUAUGAAAAUUGAAGAAUCUGCAGUGCUAUGGAAGAUUAAUAAAGUUGAAGAAGAAGAGCCUAGUUUUCAGGAAAUAAUGGAUUGUGAAGUUGAUUUAAAUUUUGAGAACAAAGUGUAUGAAAAUGAGGAUGGGAAAGUGUAUUUGGAAGUUUCCGAUGAUGCUGAUGAAUAUAUGAAGAUGUUAAGUUCUCAGUAAAAUUGAGAGUCCUUGCUUUAAGGGGAUUGGUGCAGUAAGACUGAUUAACUGAAUAAAUAUUGUAUCAACAGAUUAAAAUAAUAAUCGUUUAAAAGUAGAUUAAGUUGUUUCACAUUCUAUGUGAAAACAAAUUUAAGUGAUUUCAAAGAAAUUUGACACUAGUCUAUGUUCUAGCCUUUUUCACUUUCACGUUCGGCUGCCUUGGUCUACGAGGUCUUGGUCUAAAUGAUUCAUAAAUAUAAACAUCAACCAAAGUGCUUGUUCAUUCCCUUUUGCCGGGGUUCAGAUAUAAUUGCCUGGAGGGUAUUUGCCCAAAAAAACGAAUGUUAUAAAUAUUGGACAUAUUAUUAGAAGCAUUUAUUUUAUGAAUGAAUAAAUAAAAACGGAUAAAAGUGAGGACUACUAAAUCUCUUGUCAUCUUUAUUUUUUAUAACCCAGAAAAAAAAAAACAAUUACCCAAUAUUUUUAGAUUUUUCAAGCACAUACCCAACUGACAAUUCUAUUCUAUCCUACAUUGUAGUUUAAAUUAUUAUAAUUAUAAGAUACUUAUUUGUAUUUAUUAUGCAUUUACUUGGUGUGUAUCUAACAAAAUUAUUGUCAGAAACUAUAAGUAUAUACCUUAGCCUUACCCUAUGUAUUGGAAAAACAUUUUGUAAGUAUUUAUUAUAAUAAAAUAUUAAUAAGUUUUAUAGAGAUAAGGAUGGUAGAGCUUUUUUAAAAAACGACUCUUUCACAAAAUGCAUUAUAUUAUUAUAUGAAACAGAAAUUUAAAAAAAGUCGAAACCAAUAUCUUCGACAGAAUCGCAAAAUCGCUUGUGUAUCCACUGUGUGCAAAUUCGUCACUACAUAAAGUGUAAAACGUUAACUUUUUUACAGAAUUAAAUUCCUUCAUAAGUAUUUCUUUUCUUCUUAUGUAUUUUAUUGACUAAUUAUAUUAUAUUCCAAUAACAUUAUACCUAAGCUGCAAUGUUUUAUAUUAAUGAAUAAACUCACUUUAAAAAAUAUAAA